AUGGGAGUAGCCCAAAACACAAAAUCUACAAUAUUCCCAGUGAAUGUAGGUCUGGUUCUUGACUUGGAUGCCGAUGUUUCAUUGAGCUGCAUCAACAUGGCCCUUUCAGACUUCUAUGCUGCGCAUGGUGACUACAAAACCAGACUGGUCCUCACCACCAGGGACUCCAAGAAAGAUGUUGUUGGUGCAGCUGCUGCAGCCCUGGACUUGAUUAAAAAUAUGGAAGUGCAAGCAAUAUUGGGGCCAACGACAUCAAUGCAAGCCAAUUUUGUUAUUGACCUUGGAGAAAAAGCUCAGGUGCCAAUAAUAUCGUUUUCUGCAACGAGUCCUUCUCUUACUUCCAUUAGGAGUUCCUAUUUUUUCCGAGCUAUGCAUAAUGACUCAACUCAAGUGAAUGCCAUAAGUGCAUUGGUUCAAGCCUUUGGAUGGAGAGAAGCAGUACCAAUCUAUAUCGACAAUGAAUAUGGAGAAGCAAUCAUACCUUAUUUGACUGAUGCUUUGCAAGCAGUUGAUGCUCGUGUCCCCUACCGGACUGUCAUUUCGUCAUCAGCUACUGAUGAUCAAAUUGUUGAGGAGCUUUAUAAGUUGAUGACGAUGCAAACUAGAGUUUUCAUUGUGCACAUGUAUCGGUCUCUAGGAACUCGGCUUUUCGCCAAAGCUGAAGAGAUUGGAAUGAUGAGUGAAGGAUAUGUUUGGCUCAUGACUGAUGGUCUGACUACUGAUUUCUUGACUUCACCAAAUCCUCCUGUCAUUGAUACAAUACAAGGGGUAUUGGGUAUUAAACCUUAUGUUCCAAGAACAAAAGAGCUUGAAAGUUUUCGAGUUCGGUGGAAAAGGAAAUUCCUACGAGAUAAUCCAAAUCACAUUGAUGCUGAUUUGAACAUUGAUGGACUAUGGGCCUAUGAUGCUACUACAGCAUUGGCCAUGGCAGUUGAGAAAGCUGGAACUACAAAUUUUGGCUUCCAAAAGGCAAAUGUUUCUAGCAAUUCAUCCACGGAUCUUGCAACUCUUGGUAUCUCUUUAAAUGGUCCACACCUUCUUGAAGCUAUAUCGAACACUAGUUUCAAAGGCCUUACAGGAGAUUACCAUUUUGUUGAUGGGCAGUUGCCAUCACCAGCAUUCCAGAUAGUUAAUGUGAAUGGAAAUGGAGGAAGAGAGAUUGGAUUUUGGACAUCAACAGAAGGAAUUGUAAGAAAAUUGAAUCCUAGAAUAAACAAACUUAGGAAUUCAACCUCUGCGUCCGGUAUCUCAACUGUAAUUUUUCCAGGGGAUACAACUUUUGUUCCCAAGGGUUGGGAGACUCCCACAAAUGAGAAGAAGUUGAAAAUAGGAGUGCCAGUGAAGGAUGGCUUCAUUGAGUUUGUGGCAGUGACAAAAGAUCCUAGUUCCAACACCACAAAAUUCACUGGAUACUGCAUAGAUGUUUUUGACGCUGUAGUCAAAGCAUUGCCUUAUGCUUUGCCUUAUGAGUACAUCCCCUUUGCCAAGCCUGACGGCAAGGCUGCUGGAACUUCCAACGAUCUGGUCUAUCAAGUGUACUCAAAGGUCGACUAUACAUUGCCUUUCACAGAAAGUGGUGUCUCCAUGAUUGUUCCUAUUGCAGACAAGAACAGCAAAAAUGCAUGGGUCUUCAUGAAACCUUUGACAUGGGACCUUUGGGUGAGCAGUUUUUGUUUCUUUGUUUUCAUUGGAUUUGUUGUCUGGGUUCUUGAGCACAGAGUAAAUGAAGAUUUUCGAGGGUCUGCUUCAGAUCAGGCCGGCACUAGCUUCUGGUUUUCCUUCUCGACAAUGGUUUUUGCACAACGUAAUCUCCCUUCUCCUAGCUACACCGCCAGUUUAACGAGCCUACUCACCGUCCAGCAGCUGCAGCCUACAGUUACUGAUGUACAAGAGCUCAUUAAGAAUGGAGAGUAUGUUGGCUACCUGAAGGGUUCUUUUGUUCUAGGAAUCUUGCUAGGCUUGGGGUUCGACAAGUCCAAGCUCGUGGAGUAUAAUUCUCCAGAAGAAUGCCACAAUCUUUUCUCCAAAGGAAGUAGAAAUGGUGGUAUUGCUGCUGCUUUGGACGAAGUGCCAUAUAUGAAGCUCUUUCUGUCAAGAUAUCGCUCCAAAUAUACCAUGAUUGAUCCUACAUUUAAAACCGGCGGUUUUGGCUUUGGGGAGAAAAUGAAGCAAAUAGAGGAUGCAUGGUUUGGCAAGAAAAGCAGUUUUCCAGAUUCCAGCACCUCAGUUUCAUCUGAUAGCCUGAGUCUCGAUAGUUUCUUGGGAUUAUUUUUGAUUGCCGGACUAGCUGCAUUUUCAGCUCUUAUUAUCUUUGUAGUCAUGUUUGUUUACCGAGAAAGGAGAGCCUUGAGGCCCUCUGAUUCCACAGCUUCAAUAUGGAGUAGAAUUAAAAAUUUCUUUACAAUUUUCAAUCAAAGGGACAUGACAUCCCGUACUUUCAGACAGAGUGAACGGAAUGAUAGAAAUGGCAUCAGUCUGCCUACUACGAGCGUGCCAAGUCCAUCAUCAUUUUCAGUUCACACAGAAUUUCCUGCCGGUCCAUCUUCUGCAGGUUAUGAUUUUAGUCCCAGAAUGCAAGCGCGUCAAGAGGUAGUAAUAGAUAUUGAUCAGCUCACCGACCGAAAUCAAGAGAGGUAG